AUGUCGACCCCGACCGCGAUUGAGGUCAUACACGCUUAUAGGCACUUGUACAGAGGCCUUCUUCACGGAGUUCAGUUCUCCAAACCGGCCAGAUAUAUUGCACGAGAUACACUUCGAGAAGCGUUUCGUUCUGAUCCCCCAUCCAUGUUCAAUCAAAAAAGAAUCGACAACACUGUGGAAUUCCUAGGUUACGCUGCAAAAGAAGCUGGAUUGGAGCAUAAAAUACUUAGGAACUUGCUUUUUAAGAAGAGUUGGGAGAGGAGAUACGGUCUUAAGCCAAAGUUGUAUGAUUCUUCGAAGCCAGAAUCGACAAAGGACCAUCUGGAACGGACUGCUACCUACUAUCCAAGCAAGCAACGAGCUGGAGCAAGAUUCAGGAAAUUGGCUGUUUUGGAUAACGACCUUCACACGCCGCUUCAUACGCAAUGCCGAGUACCAUUAUCGGAGCACGUAGACUUGACCGGUGACGCUUUGGGUGGGGAUUCGCUAAUUCAAGAACUGAAUCUGAAGAGGUCACCAGCUAUUAUCGGAUUGAUCAGCCUGGGAAAUGGGACCUGA